AUCGUCGAUAGAGAAGAAAAUUGUGAAGAAAAAUAAGAAGAUAUUGGAUAAAUCGUGUGUAGAUGGCAGAAAAGACACUCUUUCGCUUUUCAACACACACAAGAGAGAGAAAAAGAAAAAAAAACUGAUUCAGUCUGAAAGGGGGAUGGCAACAGCAGUAGACUCACUGGGAACACAGCUGAUGUUGAAGAGUGACGUCAGUUAAACAAAGCCAUGCGCGGUUGAUGGUGGAUCUGUGUGGCUGUCGGAGGCACAUUAGCGAGAGGUUUCGAGCAUUUGAGUAUCGGGCUGUCAAAUACUCGGCUUCCGCGAAACGGCCUUAAACAGUUCCCAAUUACGGUUGUGUUAUCAACUGCUCGCGUUUUCCUUUACAAGGAAUAAACGCAAUAAAGCAGUGACAACUCACCGUUUAAUUUUUUCUUUUCAUUUUUAUAAACGACGCGCGCGUAGGAAGGAGAAAUGCCGUUCAUCUCGAAAGAUUGGCGUAGUCCAGGCGAGGAAUGGGUGAAAACUGUUGAAGGCUGGGAAAAAAAGAAGAUCCUGGAAUGCGCCAAUAAUAAAACACUUUCGCUUUUAAUGCGUGGGGAAAAGGAAGGUGAAAAAAAGGAGAAGGAAAAGGAGAAGAAGAAAGAAAAUGCCGUCCAGCCGCACUGUCACAUCACUCUGAAAUGCACCCGAGAGAUUGCAGGUUUCAAUGGUUUGAGUGACGCCUUGAAGAGACUCGAUUUCUUAUCAGCUGUUCAUGACUGUCGUCGCUUCAAUUAUAUCGUCAGACUCUUAGAUUUGCUUGUGAGCCACAGGAUGGGAGGGCUUAGCGGAUGUGCCCAACGUGUUCUUUUUAACAUGCUCGAGGAAGUUGCAUUAGAAGUGUCCUUAUCGCAACAACAAACUGGAAAAUUAAGACGACUUAUAGAGAGGGUUCGAGCCUUCAGCGCUGGUUGCUGUUGGGGAGGCAGAGCUCUGGGUUCAGUCAUUUUGUGGGAGAAACAUAAAGCAGCUCUCGAGCGAAUUUUGCAUAUCGCCUCGUCGAUUACUAUUACACAGCCCGACGAGGAGCAACAUCCACAAUGGUCCGAUUUACCAGCAGAAUGUCGACGAGAAGUGCUACUUAGAUUAAGUGAUCCACGCGACAUUGAAGCAUCAUCCGAGGCUUGCGAACAUCUCGCUGUCCUUGCUCAGGAGCAAAGAAUUUGGCGUGAACUCGCUCAGUAUCAUUUUACGCCACAGCAAAUAGCAACAACUCGACAAAAAAAUCCCGGUCAAGACUGGAAGACUUUAUUUACGAUUGCCCGAAAGUCUUUUGGUCUUCGAGAGGAAUAUGCAGAAAUGAUUCAAUUAUGUCGUAACUGCCGUUGUUUAUUUUGGCGAUCAUUGGGCCAUCCAUGCAUCGCCGAUCAAGAUCCGGCCUUUCAAGAGAAAUUAGCUGACGUUGAUCAAACCACACUCCACGUUCCGAUUCCACCACAAACUUUCUUAAAGUUCUUUUCGCUGUGAACAAUUUAAUUUUCAAAUGCUUUUUGUUUAAAACAUUGAGCAGAAACAAUUACACAUCAGAAAAUAAAAGAGAGAAAGAAAGAAAGUAUGAAUGAUUGAUUGAAUCGUAUUAUAGAAACUGCCGAUGAAUGAUUCACUUUUAAAUUAUUCUCAGUAAAAUUCUAGACAAAUUGUUAUAAUUGUACUCGUUCCAAGAAUCAAAGAAAAAAUAUAUAUUGAAUUAUAUAUUUUUUUCUGUCGGCAGUGAAUUUAAAUUUUUCGCGUGUGACUCCUAGUCUGCUUUAUCUUUAUCGUGACUCGUCCAAAAGAAAAGAAAGAAAGAAACUAUAUUACGCUUUUUGGAGAAAAAUUCAAUUUAAAGCGUACACGAGAAUUUCGCCUAAUAUUGUGAUUAGAAUUCACGAAAAGAGAAGAAUACUUUCAUCGAGAGGGAGAUAGAGUGUAUUUAAAGGUGUAUUUAGAGGAAUGAUCCUGUUUUGUAAAUUAUCGGCAAAGAUUCCUGCCAUUAAAGAGCGAGAUCUUUAUCAUUGGAAGGAGAGAAAGAGAGAAAGAGAAAUAAUUAUAAAUCUUCUAUCUUGUACUUAAUAUCCAGAUUAAAUGUUAGAAAAGUAUCGAGUAUGAAUUCUGAAUUAAUCGAUUAGCAAAUUGAUCUCGAAAUCAAGUUCGUAUUUUCUUCUCGAGUAAGUUAGGCCUGCAAAGACAGUGACAUUACUUCUUUUUAUUUACUGCUCUUGUACAUUGCUUCCUUGUGGAAGUAUCGAUUUUGUUUCUCUAUUUCCGAUCGUCUUGUUUUGGUGCUUGCAAUAUUUUUGUAAAUUUUAGCAUCGAUUUUCGUUAGUGAAGAUCACAACGUCUAUAAUCAACUUCUUCUUUUUCAAAUUAAAUUAAAUUUUUGAAAAUUUAAUUUUCAAAAUAAAAUUCCAAAUAAAAAUACAGUUAAUUAAGAAAUUAAUUAAAAAUGAAAAUGUAAUUAGGAAUAAAGAAGUCAA